AUGUGGGUUGAUCAAAUUUGUAUUAACCAGGAGGAUCUCGAAGAAAGGGCUACGCAGGUUACUAUGAUGGAUCAAAUUUACCAGAAGGCACGGUAUACUCUGGUGUGGCUAGGGGCUGAAGACCAGUAUACUGAGGCAGCUGUGAAAGCUGUCUCGAAGAUCGACUCUGCUCCUGUUGAUUUUCAGGAUAGCAAGAUCACGCCUUAUACCAGUGAGGGUAAAGAUCUAUAUGAGAAAGAGGGCAUCCCGUUCAUCUCUGCAGAGGAGUGGACUGCUCUCGCAGCUAUUUUCCUUCGGAAUUACUUUCGACGGCUUUGGGUAGUGCAGGAAAAUGUGCUCUCCGGGACCAUUCUUGGAUACUGUGGCAAGCAUGAAUUACCUUGGAGAAUGUUCUGCAGAGUUGCACAGGUUGUGUAUUUCAGACAACUACGACUCGCCCGUAUCACAUCGGUGGAAUACAUCAACAGGCUGGAUGCGGUUGUCGGUAUUGAGAGCCAGGCAGUCUCUCUGGUGCAGUGGAGGGAGAGAUUUGAGAAAGGGGACAAGGCAGCGGAGCCGAAGGAGCUUUCUUUUGAAAGUCUCGUUUUUGAUACAUGGACUUUCCGCGCAACUGAUCCUCGAGAUAAGAUUUUCGGUCUCUAUGGACUGCUCAAUAUAGUCGACAAGGGUAAAUGGCGGCCGGACUAUCACAAGUCUGUAGAAGAGGUAUACGCAGAAGCAACUAAGACGAUUAUGCAGCAAUCUGGGGAAUUACGGAUGCUCUCCGCUGCCGUUGAUUGCUCUCUUCGAAACAUUACAACGCUUCCCUCGUGGGUUCCCGACUAUAGCAUGGGUUAUACGAAUAUGAUGUGUGCAGUAUAUAAUGCUGCUGGUGACCUUCCUGUCUGUCCUUUCAAUGCUACAGCGUGGGAUGUGCUGGAAGUGUCCGGGGUUAAAAUCGAUACGGUGCUGGAUAUAGGAAACACGACACACAGACCUAGUGAUCAAUAUAUGAUUUUUGAUCCCCGCUGGCUUGAGCUGCUCCUGCUUCUCCCGGUCAAAUACCAUAAUGGCCAAAGCAGAACGGAGGUUCUCUGGCGCACAAUAUGCGGUGAUCAACAUGUCAAAGGAGAUAUUCCCGCACCUGGGAGUUACGGGGAAGCUUUCCGCAAGGCGCUAUGCGUGAUGGUAUCAAUUAUAGCCCAUAAUGAAGCCAAAAGAGCAGUUAGCAAUUCAAGCCUCCCUCCAAGUCUGAGCGCCGCAAUUGCUCGCGUGAGAAAUAUAUGGUCAACGCCUCCAAUGUCAGACAUGACAGCAGAAGACAUUGAAUUCGACUUCUCUGAACUAGGUCGAAACCUGAGCGAACCCCAACAUCGGAACUUAAUCCACUAUCUCUUUAAACUGCAAUGUUUUGCGGCCACAGAAUCGUCCCCUUUUACUCCCACCCUCGAACAAGCUGAAGAAUGCUACUAUACGGCCAUGAACUGGGAAGCAUACGAAAAACACAGUACGAUAGUGCUACCGGAGGAGUGUGGGGACUUUUAUCAGUCUGUGCGUUCUAGAUAUGGGAAGCGUCGCGUGUUUGUCACUUCCAAGAGGUACCUGGGCCUUGGGCCGCGGUCGAUGCAGGCAGGUGAUGAAAUAUGGGUGUUGCCAGGGGCUGGAGCGGCUUUUGUAUUAAGAAAAACAAGUAGUUCCUCGUUCUUGAUGAUAGGGGAAGCAUAUGUGCAUGGUGCCAUGAAUGGGGAGGUUGCUCUGGGGUUAUCUGACGAAUUAUGUGCUAUCAAGCUGGUGUAG